AUGGCUGAGAACGACAAUGAGCUGCUGGACUACGAGGAGGACGAGGAGCCCCAGGGGGUCCCAGAGGCCACCCAGACCUUGAAGAAGGAGGUGAAGGGGUCCUACGUGUCCAUCCACAGCUCUGGGUUCCGGGACUUCCUGCUGAAGCCGGAGCUCCUCAGGGCAAUCGUGGACUGUGGCUUCGAGCAUCCCUCAGAAGUGCAGCACGAGUGCAUCCCCCAGGCCAUCCUGGGCAUGGACAUCCUGUGCCAGGCCAAGUCCGGUAUGGGCAAGACAGCCGUGUUUGUGCUCGCCACCCUGCAGCAGAUUGAGCCCGUUGAUGGACAGGUCUCCGUUCUGGUCAUGUGCCACACGAGGGAGCUGGCCUUCCAGAUCAGCAAGGAGUACGAGCGCUUCUCCAAGUACAUGCCCACGGUGCGAGCGGCCGUGUUCUUCGGUGGCAUGGCCAUCAAGAAGGACGAGGAGGUGCUGAAGAAGAACUGCCCCCACAUUGUGGUCGGGACGCCCGGCCGCACGCUGGCCCUGAUCCGCGGGAAGUCCCUGGUCCUGAAGCACAUCAAGCACUUUGUCCUAGACGAGUGCGACAAGAUGCUGGAGCAACUCGACAUGAGGCACGACGUGCAGGAGAUCUUCAGACUCACGCCCCACGAGAAGCAGUGCAUGAUGUUCAGCGCCACGCUCAGCAAGGAGGUCCGGCCCGUCUGCAGGAAGUUCAUGCAAGACCCCAUGGAGGUGUUUGUGGACGACGAGACGAAGCUGACCCUCCACGGCCUGCAGCAGUACUACUGCAAGCUGAAGGACAGCGAGAAGAACCGCAAGCUCUUUGACCUGCUGGACGUGCUGGAGUUCAACCAGGUGGUGAUCUUCGUCAAGUCGGUUCAGCGCUGCGUGGCUCUGUCCCAGCUCCUGGUGGAGCAGAACUUCCCCGCCAUCGCCAUCCACCGAGGCAUGGCCCAGGAGGAGAGGCUCUCCCGCUACCAGCAGUUCAAGGACUUCCAGAGGAGAAUCCUGGUGGCCACCAACCUGUUCGGACGAGGCAUGGACAUCGAGAGGGUCAACAUUGUGUUCAACUACGACAUGCCCGAGGACUCUGACACCUACCUGCAUAGGGUGGCCCGUGCUGGACGCUUCGGGACCAAGGGCCUCGCCGUCACCUUUGUGUCGGACGAGACGGACGCCAAGACCCUGAACGACGUACAGGACCGCUUUGAGGUCAACGUGGCCGAGCUCCCCGACGAGAUCGACAUCUCCACCUACAUCGAGCAGUCCAGAUAAACGCUCCAACGCGGCGAAGUGUCUUCAAUGUGGAUCUCUUUCGGUGUUGGGAGAUUAAAAGAAAAUCAACAUCUUUUGUUUUAAUGUUCUGCUCGAAGUUCGCUCACUAUUCUGCUUCAACAUGUUUUAGGGGGGAAGGGGGUUGACUAUUUUAUUUUUACUAUUUGAUUUUUGGUUAUUGAAAUUAAAGCUUUUUAUAAAAUCA